GCAUCGCGGCCUUAUAACGCGUCUCCAGCUUAGUACGAAGAUCUUCUCCAAAACGUAUUACUAUACAUUCAUCUCUCUGGAGAACCAAAAAAAAAAUGAUUUACCUUCUAGUUUUAAGCUUUUUUUUGAGGGAAGAAACAAUAGGUUCAUCAUCUUUCUGUUUUUCCCAUGGUGAGGAUUUGCAGAUAUUGAAACGUUGCAGUGGAUUCCCAAUCGUAAUUGAAGUAGUCGGCUCUUCACUUAAAGGACAACCUUUACAUAUAUGGAAAGGCCAGGUGGAAAGCUGGUCUCAAGAGAGUAGUACCAUUCUUGAUAAUCCUGAUUCUACUGUGCUGGAUCGUCUGCAGCCUAGCUUCAAUGCCCUGAAAUCUAAUCUUAAAGAGUGUUUCUUGGACAUGGGCUUAUUUCUUGAGGACCAAAAGAUACGUGCUUCGGUAAUAAUUGACAUAUGGAUGGAACUAUACGGUAAAGGUAACACUAGUAGUCACGUCGUGUACAUGAAGUACCUCGAUGACCUUGCUUCCCAGCAUCUGCUUAAACUUAUUCCUCUCGGCAGAAAUGAGCACGAAGAUGGUUACUACAAUGAGCUAUUAGUCACUCAACAUGAUCUCCUGAGGGAGCUGUCUAUCCAUAAAAGUGAAUUGGAAACAAUCCUGGAAAGAAAAAGACUAAAUUUGGAGAUACAUGAAGAUGACUAUCCACUAAUGGACCACCCUGUUAAAGCACGCCUCUUGUCUAUCUCUACAGGUGAUUCAUUUACAUCGAGUUGGGUGAAAAUGGAUUGCCCCAAUGUUGAGGCUUUACUUCUUAAUCUCUCUUCAUCAAACUAUGCAUUACCAGACUUCAUUGCUACAAUGAAGAAACUGAAGGUUUUGGUUAUCAUAAAUCACGGCCAUGAUCUUGCAAAAUUGACCAACUUGUCUUGUCUCAGCUCGUUACCAAACCUGAAACGGAUCAGGUUGGAGAAAGUUUCAAUCACUUUGCUGGACAUUCUACAGUUGCAACGCGGCAGUCUCAAGAAGCUGUCUCUGGUCAUGUGUAGAUUCGGUGAGGUUUCCCACGACUCAAAAGAAAUAGAUGUCUCUAAAACUCUUCUGAGUUUGCAGGAGAUUGACAUAGACUAUUGCUAUGAUCUCGAUGAGUUACCGUAUUGGAUCUCUGAAGUUGUUUCAUUGAAGACACUCAGCAUCACAAACUGUAAUAAGCUUUCCAAACUUCCAGAAGCUAUAGGCAACUUGAGUAAGUUGGAAGUGUUGAGGCUGAGUUCUUGUAUCAAUCUCUCCGAGCUUCCUGAAACCACUGAGAGACUCAGCAACUUGCAGUUUCUGGAUAUUUCUCAUUGCUUAGGACUGAGAAAGUUGCCCCUAGAGAUUGGGAAGCUGCAGAAGCUGAAGAAGAUGUCGAUGAGAGAUUGUUAUCGAUGCGAGUUGCCAGAUUCAGUGAAUAAUCUAGAGAAUCUGACGGUGAAAUGCGACGAAGGGACUGUGUUCUUAUGGGAAAGAUUCAAACCAAAAAUGAAGAAUCUGACAAUCACAGAGGAGGAAACAGAGCACAACUUGAACUUGCUUUUGUUAAGUUGCGAGUAAAAAGAACGUUUUCAUAGCAUGUGUGGGUCUUGUAAUGUUGUUAUUCUCAUCAUCCAUUGUAGUAAAUACAAUAAAAUGUUGUAUGCUU